AUGACUGCUUUGGCUUCGAAAGCAGUUACGAAAAUUUUGAAAGACCGGGUGUCUCAACAAGCUCCUAUCGAUCCUCACAUAGAAGUCAUCGUAGAUGAAAGAGGAAAAAAGAAGAAGGUCGUCCGACCGUUACCUGAAGGUUUAUCGAAAAGAGAUAAGAAAGCUUUAAAGAAGAUUAGACGAAGGGCACAUUACUUAGACAAGGGAAUGAACCUGUGUGGCUUUAGAGUUGGAUGGACCUUUUUCAUUGGGAUCAUACCGGGUCUCGGUGACGUUGUAGACGCCGGAUUGAACUACUUUCUGAUUGUCAGCCCUUCUAAGAAGCUUGAUAUCCCUCAAAGUCUUCUCACCAAGAUGUUGGCAAACAAUGCCAUUUCUGCAGGAUUGGGUUUCAUUCCUAUUGCGGGAGAUAUUUUCCUUGCUGCAUGGAAAGCGAAUUCGAGAAACGCUCAUCUCCUGGAAGAGUUCUUGCGAAUUCGAGGUCAAGAACUCCUCGCCGCACAAGGUCAUGGUGUGAGUGCUUUGCAUCCCAACGAAGCGGCGGCUGCAGGUCUUUCUCCAGAAGUGCUCCGAAGUCUCUUUAGUCCCGGCUCAGGAAUGAAUGAUGCCGCUGAAGAAGGAUACGGUACUAUGCAAAGGGGAAACAGAGCUUAA